CAAAGAGUGGAUUUUCUUCAGCUGAUGAUAAACUCCCAGAAUUCCAAAAUCAAAGAAUCUCAUAAAGCAUUAUCCGAUGUGGAGAUUGUGGCUCAAUCAGUUAUCUUUAUUUUUGCUGGCUAUGAGACCACUAGCAGUGCACUUUGCUUUGCUUUGUAUUUGCUGGCCAUUCAUCCUGAUGUACAGAAGAAACUGCAGGAUGAAAUUGAUGCCACUCUGCCCAAUAAGGUACCUGCCACCUAUGAUAUUCUGCUGCAAAUGGAGUAUCUAGACAUGGUGGUGAAUGAAACUCUCAGAUUAUACCCAAUUGCUGGAAGACUUGAGAGGGUCUGUAAGACAGAUGUCGAAAUCAAUGGGGUGUUCAUUCCCAAAGGGACUGUGGUGAUGGUACCAACCUUUGCUCUUCACAAAGACCCAAAGUACUGGCCAGAGCCUGAGGAAUUCCGCCCUGAAAGGUUCAGCAAGAAGAAUCAGGACAGCAUCAAUCCUUACGUGUACCUGCCCUUUGGGAAUGGACCCAGGAACUGCAUUGGCAUGAGGUUUGCUCUCAUGAGCAUGAAAGUUGCUCUUGUCAGAGUCCUGCAGAACUUCUCCUUCCAACCUUGUAAGGAAACUCAGAUCCCUUUAAAAUUAAGCAAACAAGGACUUCUUCAACCAGAAAACCCACUCCUUCUAAAAGUUGUGUCCAGAGAUGAGACCAUAAGUCGAGCAUGAUUUAUAAUGCUCUGU